UGGUCUUGUUUCUUUAAGUGUUCACUUCCAUAGCCUACAAACCCCAUAGAGCAACCUUUAUACUUCUCAAUAUUCUUGCCUAUAUUAUUGCACAUGACACUAUUAUAUAAAUCAGCUCCAUUUUACACUAAUUAAUCCAUUAUUUAUCUACCCCAUCCUCUUAUAUAUAAAUCUCUUAUUUCUUACAUUAUUUAUAAUAAAAUAAAAAUAAAAUGGCCUUUUGUCUCUGUAAAUCUCUCUUUCUAGCCCUUCUUGGGCUCCUUCUCUUCCAUGCCUCUGCUGAAAAAGCUCCGAAUUACUCGUUUCUGCGGCAAGCAACGGCGGCGCCGGAAGUGUCACACUAUGAUUACAUCAUCAUCGGCGGUGGGACCGCCGGGUGCCCGCUGGCGGCGACACUGUCACAGAACUACAGCGUGCUUGUGCUGGAGCGGGGCGGGUCGCCGUACGGGAACCCGAACAUAACCCACAUGUCGGCGUUCGGGGCGGCCCUCUCGGACCUGUCGGAGUCCUCCCCGUCCCAGAGGUUCAUCUCGGAGGACGGCGUCAUAAACGCGCGCGCCCGCGUUCUGGGCGGCGGCAGCUGCCUGAACGCCGGGUUCUACUCGCGGGCCGCGCCCGAGUUCGUGAGGCGGAUGGGGUGGGACGGGCGGGCGGUGAACGAGUCGUACGAGUGGGUGGAGGAGAAGGUGGCGUUCCGGCCGCCGGUGAAGGCGUGGCAGUCGGCGGUGAGGGAGGGGUUGCUGGAGGCGGGGAUUCGGCCGUACAAUGGAUUCACUUAUGACCAUAUUAAUGGGACUAAGGUGGGUGGGACCAUUUUCAACUCCUCCGGCCACCGUCACACCGCCGCCGAUCUUCUGGAGUAUGCUAACCCGGCUCGCCUUACUGUACUCUUGCAUGCUUCCGUCCAUCGAAUAUUGUUUACCAACAAAGGAAAAUCAAAGAUAGUGGCCAAUGGAGUGGUGUUCAGAGAUGCAUCAGGGGCAAGACACCGGGCAAUCUUGAGGAGGGGGCCCAUGAGCGAAAUAAUCGUGUCUGCCGGAGCACUGGGCAGCCCACAACUGCUAAUGCUGAGCGGAAUAGGCCCAGCCGAUCAUCUGCGGGCCCAUAACAUCAGCGUUGUAUUGGACCAGCCCAUGGUCGGGCAAGGCAUGUCCGACAACCCGAUGAACGCCGUCUACAUCCCGUCGCCGGUUCCCGUCGAGGUUUCCCUCAUCCAGGUCGUCGGAAUCACCCCCUCCGGCAGCUACAUUGAAGCCGCUUCCGGCGAGAACUUCGGCGGCUCCAGCACUCAUUACGGAAUGUUCUCUCCUCAGAUCGGACAACUAUCGACGGUGCCGCCAAAACAAAGAACGCCGAAGGCCAUAGCCGCCGCCAUCGAAGCAAUGAGCCAGCUACAGCCACCGGCAUUCCAAGGAGGCUUCAUCCUGGAAAAGAUAAUGGGGCCCAUCUCCUCCGGCAACCUCUCGCUCCGAACCCUGAGCCCGGACGACAAUCCCGCCGUCACCUUCAACUACUUCCAAGAACCGGAUGACCUCCGGCGCUGCGUGGAGGGGAUCCGAGUGAUCGAGUCCGUCGUCGAGUCCCGCCCGUUUUCCCGGUUCAAAUACGACGACAUGUCGUGGCAGAUCCUGCUCAACAUGACCGCCGCCGCGCCGGUGAACCUGUUGCCUAAGCACGCCGGCGCGCCGGUGAACCUUGAGCAGUAUUGCCGGGACACGGUGAUGACGAUCUGGCAUUACCAUGGGGGGUGCCAGAUCAGCCGCGUCGUCGACGAUGAUUAUAAGGUGGUUGGAGUUGGGAAUCUCCGGGUGGUGGAUGGGUCUACUUUCCAUUAUUCUCCCGGAACUAACCCUCAGGCAACUGUUAUGAUGCUCGGAAGGUACAUGGGAGUGAGGAUUUUAAGUGAAAGACUUGCCAAACAAGAGUAGAAGUGAUGAUGAAGUUGUUUAUAUAUACACAUAUACUUGACUUUUUCUUUUCAUUUUCUUUUUUUUUUUGUGUGAAAAAAGUCUAGCAAAAAAUUGAUGCAGGGGUAUAUAUAUAGAGGUGAAGUGCUAUAAUAAUGUUCGGAUUAUAUAUGCAAUUCAUUGAUAGUUCACCCUCCUUGAGCAAUGUUUUGUUAUCAUGUUUUAAUUUUUAGAUUUUAAAGAUUAGUUAGUAUCAUCAAAGAAAUCUUAAAUGCUAACAACUUAAAAAACUAAAAUUCAUUUGAUAAUAAAUUUUAAUGACAUAU